AUGUCUUUAUUAAAGAAUGCAAUUGUAUUUGGUAUUGGUGCUGUUUCAGGAAUUUACACUGCACAAAACUAUGAUGUACCAAAUCUAACAAAGACAUUUGACAAGACUAUUGAUCAAAUCAAAGAUUUAGUUGGAAGUAAAAAGGAUUAA